GAGGUUGGAAAAGAGAAGGGAGGCGGAGCCCCACUCCAGCUUCUCCUCCCAGCUCCACCCCUCGGACUGUGCAUGACGUCACGUAAAGCUCGUACUUCCGCUUCCGGUCAUUCACGUUUCUCUUUUUUCCUGUCUGGCUGGAAAGAUGGCGUCCCGCAAGGAAGGCACCGGCUCUACUGCCACUUCUUCCAGCUCCACCACCGGCCCGGCGGGGAAAGGCAAAGGCAAAGGCGGGUCUGGAGAUUCGGCCGUGAAGCAAGUGCAGAUAGAUGGCUUGGUGGUAUUAAAAAUAAUAAAACAUUAUCAAGAAGAAGGACAAGGAACUGAAGUGGUUCAAGGAGUGCUUUUGGGCUUGGUUGUAGAAGAUCGUCUUGAAAUUACCAACUGCUUUCCUUUCCCGCAGCACACAGAAGAUGAUGCUGACUUUGAUGAAGUCCAAUAUCAGAUGGAAAUGAUGCGCAGCCUUCGCCAUGUCAACAUCGAUCACCUCCACGUGGGUUGGUACCAGUCCACGUACUAUGGCUCGUUCGUCACCCGAGCACUCCUGGAUUCUCAGUUCAGUUACCAGCAUGCCAUUGAAGAAUCUGUCGUUCUCAUUUACGAUCCCAUAAAAACUGCCCAAGGGUCUCUCUCGCUGAAAGCAUACAGACUGACUCCUAAACUGAUGGAAGUUUGUAAAGAGAAGGAUUUUUCUCCUGAAGCAUUGAAAAAGGGAAAUAUCACCUUUGAGCACAUGUUUGAAGAAGUGCCGAUUGUAAUUAAAAAUUCACAUCUGAUCAACGUCCUAAUGUGGGAGCUUGAGAAGAAGUCAGCUGUAGCAGAUAAACAUGAAUUGCUCAGUCUUGCUAGUAGCAACCAUUUGGGGAAGAAUCUACAGUUGCUGAUGGACAGAGUGGAUGAAAUGAGCCAAGAUAUAGUUAAAUAUAACACGUACAUGAGGAACACGAGUAAACAGCAGCAGCAGAAACAUCAGUAUCAGCAGCGUCGCCAGCAGGAGAAUAUGCAGCGCCAGAGUCGAGGAGAACCCCCACUGCCUGAGGAGGAUCUGUCCAAACUUUUCAAACCUCCUCAGCCUCCUGCCAGGAUGGAUUCUCUGCUCAUUGCAGGCCAGAUUAACACUUACUGCCAGAACAUCAAGGAGUUCACUGCCCAAAACUUAGGCAAACUCUUCAUGGCCCAGGCUCUUCAGGAAUACAACAACUGAGAAAAGGAAGCUUCCAGAAAAGGAGUUUUAACAUGGACUCUUGAGAUCACAUUGGGGCAAUUCUUGGAAGAAAUACACUUGUCUAGUGGAAAGUCUUUCUAGCGAAUAAUAAAGUAAAAAUAAAACAA